GGCCGUGGGAGGGGGGCCCGAGGGGAUUAUUUUCUCUGCAGCCCCCCUCUCCCCUGGUUAGUUGGAAUCAAGCUGUGGAGGCGGAAGGAGCCUGAAGUCAACGCUUCCGCCCAGUUUUCCUGCGAGGAGGCGGUAGGAAGAGAGCGCGGGGCUACGGCUAAUGGAGUUGGUGCUGCUGGGGACGGAGCGCGGCUGCUGAACUUAUCGCCGGCUCCGGCUGGGGGCUUCUGCCUUCCGCCCCCCCGCGGGACGCCCGCUGGCUCCUUCCCCCCAUUCCCCCUCUCCUCGCACAAACAGCCGUGACGCAUCCCGCCGCCCCAUCCCCCCCCCGGCUGCCUCACAGCGCCUCCCCGCUCCACCCCCAUCCCCCGGCUUCUUCCCUGCUUGGGGCUGUUGCUCGCUAGGGAGGGGUGGGUGAUUUGCCCCCCGCCCCUUCCUUCCCCCUCGGAUCGCAGCCGCUGUUGUUCGGAGGAAUUUCUGCCGCGGCGGCUCCCCUCCCUGCUGCCCCGGGGCGCGCUGCGAGGGGAGAGCGCGCUCGGCGAGGAGGAGGGCACUGAAGGUAGCUGCAUCGGGACAUGAGCUGCAGCAGGAGGACGGCGGCGUGGAGUUCACUGCAGCUAGGAACCUUCCUCUUCCACCAGCGCCAGCCUGUUCCCGUUAAAGACCAGAGGGGCUGCGGCUACCAGCCUCGCUGAGGCAGGGGGCUGCGCUCCAGCGCCGGACAGCAAAGUCCUUGCGGCUCUCGGAUAAAAAGCUCGCCCCCUGCCCCUGCAGCCUUGAGAGCGAUUCUCGUUGAGGAGGCAGAGCUGGGGGUUAACAAUGGUGAGGUUUCUGGUGAGUUCCUGCUGCGCCCUGGCUGCGUCGGUGCUGCUGCUCCAUCUCGCUGUCGGAUCACGGUGAGGAGAAAAUGAGCGAAGAGACGGCGACUUCUAACAACGAUAAUAGUUAUGCAAGAGUGCGAGCUGUGGUGAUGACCCGGGAUGACUCAAGUGGUGGAUGGUUACCACUUGGAGGGGGUGGACUAAGCUGUGUUACAGUCUUCAAAGCCAUUCAUCAAGAAGAGAACAGUUGUGCUGAUUUUCUUAUCCAUGGAGAACGACUCAGGGAUAAAACGGUGGUUUUGGAAUGUAGGUUAAAGAAGGACCUCAUUUACAACAAAGUUACCCCAACUUUUCACCACUGGAAGAUUGAUGACAAGAAGUUUGGCCUUACAUUUCAGAGUCCUGCUGAUGCACGAGCAUUUGACAGAGGUAUCCGUAGAGCUGUAGAAGAUAUCUCUCAAGGUUGUCCAUCAUUGCACAGUGAUGCUGAAGUGGCUGAAGAUGGCUUUCAAGCAAUUCAAGAAGAUACUUCCAGUUCAUUAAAAGAUCAGCUUUUCCAACAUGAAACUGUAUUAACCAGUGAACCUUAUAAAAGUCCAAAUAUAAGGCCCUCAACGUUUGAGGAAUUGAACUCUAGAAGAGCCUACUUUCCCAGCCAACCCAAUCAGGUCCCAUUGAAAUCAAUCAGACACGUCAGCUUUCAGGAUGAAGAGGAAAUUGUUAGAAUAAAUCCUCGUGAUAUUUUAAUACGUCGUUAUGCAGACUACAGACAUCCUGACAUGUGGAAAAAUGAUCUGGAGAGGGAUGAGACGGACUCCAAUAUACAGUUUUCUAAGUCCGACAAUAAAAAAUCGGACUAUCUAUAUCCAUGUGUGGAUGGGACUAAGCUGAAUUCACUAAAAGACCCGAAGAGUUCUGUGGUAUUUAAAACACAGCCUUCCUCGUUAAAAUUUAAAAAGUCAAAAAGAAGGAAAGAGGAUGGUGAGCGUUCUCGCUGUAUAUACUGCCAGGAGAGAUUUAAUCAUGAAGAGAAUGGCAGGGGAAAAUGUCAGGAUGCUCCAGAUCCUAUUAAAAGAUGCAUAUACCAAGUUAGUUGCAUGCUUUGUGCAGAAAGCAUGCUAUAUCACUGCAUGUCAGAUUCUGAAGGAGAUUUCUCUGACCCCUGCUCGUGUGACACUAGUGAUGACAAGUUCUGCUUACGAUGGUUAGCCCUGAUAGCUUUGUCAUUCAUUGCCCCAUGUAUGUGCUGCUACCUCCCCUUGAGAGCAUGCCAUCACUGUGGUGAGGUGUGUGGGUGCUGUGGAGGAAAGCAUAAAGCUGCUGGAUGAACAGUCUAGUGCCAAACAGAGCUGAAAAUCUUUGUUUCCAGGAAGCAUCUAUCUUGGAUUUGUGGAAGCUUUUGGCAAGCAGAAGGAAAUCUUAUCUCGUGUAAGAGAAGCCUGAUGUGGAAGAAGCAGCGAGACUUGUCAGACCUUAGCAUUUUACAAAUGCUAGCUGCCAUGCCUAACUAUUUCCUUUCAGUGCAUGGUGUUUCAUUGCAAGUUGUGAAGGAGUUUGGAAAAGGAAGCCUUUUCUUAUUAUUGGCUAUAAAAUGAGUAUAUAAACUGCAGUUAUACUAAAAGGGAUUAACUUUUGCCAUUUUGUACAUUCAUGGUUUAGGUGUUGGGGCUCUUAAAAGAAUUACAAAUUAUUUGAGAGGAAAUUAAAAGUGCACUAAUGACAGCUGAUUUAAGACUAAGAAAAGUUAAUACUUGGCAAAUCAGAAAUGAAACUGAUUUAAGUGCAACUAAAUCACUUAUUAAUAGAUUUUUGGAAGCAACUUUAUAUAUAAAUAACAAAUGUUUAUAUUUAACUAAAUGUGUAAGGUACGAAUUAUUACAUAUUAAACUUUCCUUCCCCCUUCCAGUUAUAUAGUAGGUGUGAAUCAUAUCUACAAUCACAUUCCAUGAUAGUAUUUUAAAUAUUUAAUUAGUUUAUUUAGUAGCAUUUCUAUUCCAGAUGGACAAAUUGGUAUUUUCAGUCCUAUUUCCCGUCAGCUACAGUUUGUAUUGAGUUGUAUCCAUGCAUUCUGGUAAUCUCUAAAAACCUUUUAAAAUAUUAAUUAUUAUAGUCUUGAGUGACCAAUAUUUUUUUUGUUAAGCACAGAUGUAAUUGUCUAAAAUGUUCUAAUAAGAACACAUUUAUUUUUCUAUAUAAAUGACUUUGGUUUCAAUAAUAUAGCAAAAAGGAAGUUGUUUUCUGUUACUCAACCAGCAAGUUGUUUUCUUUUGGGGUGUCUUCCAAAAAAGAUUUUACUGUAUUUACAAAUGUUCAGCAAAGCAAAAGGUCCAAUAAGGGAGUUGCAAUGGUAUCUCAACAGUGUUCUCAGUUUAUCCUUCUGCUAAGAUUAUGUUCAACUGUUUAUCAAGUACGAUGAUUAAACUGAAAGAUUAAUAAUUAACAAACAUUGAAAUUGUUUUAUUAUUUUUAAUUGUAGCAUCUUUUUUAUUUAAACUGGCAAGAAUAAAAUUAUUCUGUUUAAAAA